CUAAAGAGAAUUAGAAAGAAGAACAGCGCCUCUGACUCUCUGCAGGAAAUGUUCUUUAUAUUAGACAUAUACAAGCAGGUCCUGUCAGAUGAGCAACUCAGCCAGCUCGCCUCGCAGCCCGGCAAAAAUGGAACGACCCCUUUUGGCGGGGCUUUGGGGGCUCCGAGGGGGUGCGACCGAGUCCCUGCAGAGAUCCGGGCGCCGUCCGAUUUUGCAAGGGCUUCCGAUCCCGACUUUGCCUUGAUCUGGUCGCCUCUCAGCCGCGGCUGGCUUAGGCACUGACUUGUAUCGCCUGUGCAGGCGGGCAGGAAUCGGGCGAAAAGCCGGGCGUCUGCCACACGACUGGGAAGUCGGGGGUCGUGAGAAGAGCUGGGCGGGAUUUGGGGAUAUUUUGGGUGAGCCCGAAGGCUACGAUUCAGGUUUUAUAUUGAGCCUGGGCGCCGGCUGCAGGGAGAGAUCGCUUUUCCCUGCCAGGACCUGAUGCAAUCCAUUCAAGCCAACAAGUUUGGAGAGAAUGUUGAGUUCAAUCAAUUCAGAACGUCGAGAUGGAGUCCAAUUCAGUUCAGUGGGUCGGCUCGCCGUGCGGCUUACACGGACCUUACAUUUUCUACAAGGCUUUUCAAUUCCACCUGGAAGGCAAACCGAGGAUUUUGUCCCUGGGCGAUUUUUUCUUUGUACGUUGUAAGCCGGAGGAUCCGAUGUGCAUAGCGGAGCUACAGCUCUUGUGGGAAGAGAGGACGAGCAGGCAACUUUUAUCCAGCUCCAAACUUUAUUUCCUACCCGAAGAUACUCCCCAAGGCAGAAGCAGUGACCAUGGCGAGGAUGAAGUUAUUGCUGCCUCAGAGAAGGUAACAGUGAAGCUUGAAGAUUUAGCCAAAUGGGCCCAGGCAGAUUGUUCGAAAUGGAAACGUGGCCUUCGGGUUGAAGCCCUCAGACCCGCGGAGCUGGGCAAGAAUGGACAGAAAGAAGCCCUGACAAGGUUCAGGCAGUCCACGCACAACAGCGGCCUCAACUUUAAAGACAUUUUGAAAGAAAAGGCUGAUCUGGGUGAGGAUAACGAAGAUUCGAACGUACUGAUCCUCAGCUAUCCACAGUACUGUCGCUACCGUUCCAUGCUGAAACGCAUUCAAGACAAACCAACUGCCAUCCUAACAGACCAGUUUGUAUUAGCCCUGGGGGGCAUUGCCGUGAUCAGCAAAAACCCACAAAUCCUUUACUGUCGAGAUACAUUUGAUCACCCGACUCUUACAGAAAAUGAAAGCAUAUGUGAUGAGUUUGCGCCAAACCUUAAAGGCAGACCACGCAAAAAGAAGCCAUGUCCGCAGAGAAGAGAUUCGCUCAAUGGCAUUAAAGAUUCCAACAAUAACUGUGACAGCAAAGCUGUUGCCAAGGUAAAAUGUGAAGCUAAAUUGCCUUUGUCCAAAACCAAAAAUAACAGCAACUGCAAAAAGGGCUCAAGUGAGGAUAAAUCAAAGGUUUCAAUAGGUGAAGAAUGCAGAACGGAUGAACAGGCAUUUCUUGUGGCACUUUAUAAAUAUAUGAAAGAAAGAAAAACACCAAUUGAACGAAUACCCUACCUAGGUUUUAAGCAGACUGCUCAAAAACUGGGAGGAUAUGAAACAAUAACAGCCCGUCGACAAUGGAAACAUAUUUAUGAUGAAUUAGGUGGUAACCCUGGAAGUACAAGUGCAGCCACAUGUACUCGUAGACAUUAUGAAAGAUUAAUCCUGCCAUAUGAAAGAUUUAUUAAAGGAGAGGAAGAUAAGCCACUACCUCCUGUGAAACCUCGAAAACAAGAUAAUGUUCCCCAGGAGAGUGAAAGUAAGACAAAAUUGUCUGGAACAAAACGGAUCAAAAAUGAAAGCCAAAAGAGCAAAAAAGAGAGAGAUAAUACACAGAAGUCCCAGGAUGCACCCGAGGUUUCAUCUGAACAAGAGAAGGAUCCAGAAUGUGCAGAUGAGAAAAGCUUAUCUGAACUAAAUGUAGUCGAUGAGAUGAAGCCAUCUAUAGAAGUGCACCAGUCUCCAGCACCGGACACAGCUGAAAGUGCUCCUCUGGAUAAGGCUGACCCAAAUGAAACCAACUCAUACACAGAGGAAGUCAAGGAAGAGGUUCCACCUGAGGACUCUUUUCCAAGCACUUUGGUGCCCUCAGAUGAGGAAGCUGUUUUGGAUUCAACAGCCAGAAAACUAUCCAGUCCACCAGAGGACCUGGAUGAACCCAAGCAGGAACCCAGAGCACAGAGAUUUGCCAGCUACCUAGAAAGUGACGUCCACGAAAUUCCAUUCAGUAACUUCUCCACCGUCGAACUGCCAAGUCCGAAUGAGAUAGCGGACAAUAAACUCCCAGAGAUGGCAGACUACAUUGCAAACUGCACAGUCAAAGUGGACCAGUUAGGAAAUGAGGACAUACACAAUGCACUGAAGCAGAGCCCCAAAGUCCUUGUCGUGCAGAAUUUUGACAUGUUCAAAGAAAAAGAGCCUUCAGGUUCCAUUAAUGGCGAUCCCGGUUUCAGUUACACGCCACUGCUCUACUCCAAAGGCAAUCCAGGCAUCAUGUCACCCCUAGCGAAGAAGAAGCUCCUGUCCCAGGUCAGUGGGGCAAACCUCUCGUGUAGCUAUCCGUACGGCUCACCCCCUCCUUUGAUCAGCAAGAAAAAGUUGAGCAGCAGAGAAGAGCAGUCCUUGAACAUGCCCCAAGCUCCUCAUGUCCCUGCGAUGGAGGCUACAGCAGUGAGCAGGCCUUCUGUGAUCCAACAUGUACAGAGUUUUAAGCCCAAGGGUUCAGAAGAAAGGAAAUCUGUGAACGAUACUUAUAGGGACGAAUUGCUGUUAAAGAAAGUGGAUUCAGAGUGCUGCGAUUUUACCAAGCAACACCUGACCACUCUGGCUGAAUCCUAUGCUCUUAAAUCAGAAAUUCAGGAUAUGAAAGACAGAAUGAAUGAAAAGAGAGGCCUCCACCAUUCCCAUAUGCCCACCUUCUUGACAGACUUUUACUCGUCUCCUCACCUGCACAGUCUUUAUAGGCAUACAGAACACCACCUUAAUAACGAACAGACAUCCAAGUACCUCCUUCGGGACAUGUACAGAAAGUCAGAAAACAUUUCCAUGUUCCCUCAGCACAAGCACCCAGACAAGCGCAACUUAUGCUAUCAUCCUCUUUUGCAUCAGCAAGAGAAAAAGAGCCCACUGGAAGCCUCGGCAGACGAUCAGCCGACUGAUCUGAGUCUUCCGAAAAGCUCUCACAAGCAGACUGUAAAAGGUUUGGGGUCUGGCCUCUUGCAUGGGUCAGCGGGGCAGCCAGAGAGCAAAAGUAUCCCUCAAUUCCAAGCCUUGAGUGGCCAGCCUCUGGGUGUAGACUGUAAUCCCAAAGCUUGCCGUGUCUCUCCGAUGACUGUCUUGGCCCCCAAAAAGCAGCACGGCGAGCCUUUCCUCAGGUCUGGCAAACCGCAGAAUUUGAGGAAGAUGGAAGGCAUGUCCCACCCCAUCCUCAGCCACAAAACAAAUAUCCAACCCAUCGGGGCGGCCCGGCCAUUGAAGCGCGGCCUGGAGGAUUUGGACAAAGCUGUGUCAGAAAAAAAGAUCCGUGCUGUCUCACCCCUGCGCUUACCAAAGGAAACGCCUGCUAAAGACAAGGGUCUUGAGCCAGAGGCUGACAGCAGCAAACCGGUGCAUGGCUUGCCCUCCAGCAGCAUGCUGGAGGGCCACAAAUUCCCCCUCUCAAGCCCCAUCUUCACAGGCUUGUACCCAGGGACUCUCUGCAGCGGCUUGAGCAACCGCAUUCCUGCUGGGUACUCUCAUCCUCUGCAGUACUUGAAAAACCAGACAGUGCUUUCUCCACUAAUGCAGCCUUUGGCACUCCAUUCAUUCAUGGUGCAGAGACAAUUCCUUACCUCCCCUGGCAAUUCACAGCAGCUUUACAGGCAUUUAGCUGCGGCAACCCCUGUCGGAAGUUCGUAUGGUGACCUUUUGCACAACAACAUUUAUCCUUUGGCUGCUAUCAAUCCUCAGGCUGCUUUCCCACCUUCUCAGCUGUCUUCUGUACAUCCAAGCACAAAACUGUAAAUCCUUCUCCCUUUAAGAACAAAAACAAAAAAAGAGCAACAUUCCUUUAGCCUGUGAUGUCUUGCAAAAUUUAAAACAAACAAAAAAAGAAAAUCUGUAUUUGUAUUAAUGGAUAAGCGGUUUUGUCUCUGAUUGCCGAAUGCUUCAAAUGUGAUUGAGACAAGACUGGUUCCGUUGGGCUUCUUUAUUUCACCUCUAGCUCCCAAAUCUGCUUCUUCUGUAGACAGUCACUUUGCCUAGUAGGAUUCCAAAAGGAUCUCUGUCUUGCUGAAAACAAGUCGCAGAGCAGACCAGGUGGCAAGUUAGGCCUUGUUUUUGCUCUUGGAGAAAAAAAGGUCUGGGGGUUUUUUGUAUGUCACUUCCCCUCUUUACUUCCCAGGAGUGGCUUUGGAGCAUUUCAAAUCAGAAAGAAAGGGCCAGUCUGAUGGAAGAGGAGUUAGGCAAUACACAUGAUGAUCAACAGAUGUUGCUUCUUUGGGUACCAUUUUGUUUCCUGACUAGCAGGAGUCCAAAUCAAUGCAAUGUAUAGUACAAACCAACCUUAACACUAUUAAACCAGAAAAAAGUAAACACUGUUCAGUUGGACUGUACAUACCUGCUUCAAAAAUGGCAAACAGGAUUUACUAGUGUCAGGUUUGCUUGUAUAAUUUAUAUAGGUUUUUAUUUUCCAUUUACCCUGUGCUCUGUUUGGUGUUCUUUUUUUAAUUAAAAGUCUUUUUGCCUGCAACUUUUUUGUGUAAAAGGAAAAAACAGCGAUGGCUGUUGAGGGUCCUUUUUAACACAUUUGUAUUUUUUCCUUCUCUGCUUAUUCUUCUUUUUUUUUUUUAAGAGCAGCUUUUGGGGGAGUAGCUAUUGUCAUUGUUUACAAAACAAAAGCAUCCAUUUUUGACAAGCCUUUACAAUGGACAAGAAGCUUACUGUAGAUCAUGCAAUCGUGUGAUAAUUCCAAGCAUCAUGUCCUCCUCCCAAGGCCUGAUCCCAAAAGGUGUCAAGCUCUCACCUCACCUGUCAGAACAGUCCUAAUUUGUACAUAAGUUGAUGUUCGAGCGGAUACUGAGAUUUGGCUUUGCUGUAAUCAUGGUCUGUGAAUUUGUUAGGAACUGUACUUCUUCUUAUCUAGGCUGUGAAACUGCCCUGCAUACUAGAAAGGGACCUUAUUCAGGACUAUGCUGGCAAUGUGUUACUCAAUAACAGAGGAGUCUAGAAGACCUUUCUUGUAGGCUGUGCAACUAUUUCAAGAAUUUUAGCCGCUAAAAGAGAGAAAAUGUAUUCUAGUUACAAGGCGGCCUGGAUUCUGUGCUCCGGAAGGGGGAUUGGCUGAGAACUGAUGUUGUGCAGAGAAGAGGCUAUGACUUGGAGCAGACCAGAGUUUGAAGGGCAGUUUGGGGGACAGAUUUGGCACUCUUUGCUUGGUGGUUCCUUCUGGCCCACUGGGAGGUUCCUGGUCAUCGGUCCUAAAAAGCAGUCUCUCUUGUUCCAGGGAAGCACUUUUAAGAUUUGAUUUAGCAUUAAACCAUAAGGGCAGCUAAAUCUGUAAAGCAUUUAAAUCCCAAAGUACUUGACUCUAUGGUCCCACUGAACAAAAGUUAUUAAAGUCAGUGAAACUUUUCCUGAGCCUGGGUGUCCUAUUCACUCUUAGGGAAACAUCCCUGCUGAAAGCUAAAACUGUCUUUGAGAUGUUUUUCUGGAACAGGCAGAGUGACCAGAUUUACUUCAGGAAAUAAGACCAUGUUUUUUUUAAAGGAUAUAUAUUUAGAACUGGGCAAGGGUUCAAAGAGGCCUGUAAUGUUGGCUUCACCCACUGACUUUCUUCUUCACAAGACAGGAGAGGUUUCGGACAAAGUCGUCUUCUCCACUCAGACACAGACAAGAGGCACAUUUCAACACAGGCACAACCCCAUGUCCCCCUUACAUGCAUGAACGGCAACAAUGGUGGACCUCAUGUGGCUGCUUGCUCUCACUGGCUUUCGUCUUGGCUUAUGUAUGAGGAAAGAACACCUCAACAGUGAGAAGUGACAUCUCUGAUUGCCCAGUGUUGUUGUUUGUACUGGGUCAGAGGGUUUUUGAAGAGCCCUCGGCCUGCAUCUUUGAGAGAGUAGCGUAGGUCAUUACAUAAUAAGGGGCAGACUCUUGGAGUUUACACAGGAGGAAAGGUGCUAACAAGCUCUUUCCAUGUGCCUGGGCUUAUAGGAGAGAGCGUGUCUGAGGUAUAUAAUGGGGACAAGGCCUUUGAUAACGAAUUUUAUGUUGAGGAGAAGCCACCCCCAGGGAUGGGGAAGGGCAGGUUCAGCCUACAGGUUGCCAAUUACUUGUCUCUUGUCUUAUGUCAGCUCUGGACACUGCCCAUUGCCACAAGUGGCAUUUCAGGUGCUGUGUUUAGCUGUGGUCAGGUCAACGAAACUGUGACUGUUAUCUACAUUGAAUAGAAUCUGCACGGUAGCUUUAACAACACAGUUGCAUUCUUGGAAGUUGUCAGUUCAGGUCUCAUGGACUUGCCCAAGUUUCACCUUCAGCUCUCGAAGCAUCAGCAGCAUGUGGAUCUGACCCAUCUUCCCAUGUUGCAAACAGCUGGCUGUCACCAAUAAUCCAGUUUACAGGGCAGCCCAAAGAGCAGUUGGGCUCAAGGUAAACACAGACCCACUAGAAUUGCAUGGGCUUCUAACGGAGGCUGAGACUCAGCAACCUUUCCCCACGUCGUAAGGGUUUUUUUGUUAAAGAGUAAAAAGUCACUAAGUGGUGGGUUCCCCCCCCCUCAGGAAAGCAGCCUUAUGAUUGUGUGGAUUCAUUUUAUGGGACACCUCUGCUCCGUGUCUUGAAGUGCGGACAGCAGAAGCAUUUUUUUUUACAGCGUGAAAACCGGUUGUGCUCUGAACCCUUCCCAGAUAGCAAUUCAAAUGCAAAAACCAUCAAAAACUACUGGAGUCUACUGGAAACUACUUAAAAGAACACCUUGCAUGCAAUGCCAGACAACCUAUAUUAAAAUAUCCUGUGAUAUGAAGCCAAUUGCAAUAUAUAAUGUAACCUAUUUAAUAUACAAUGGUGGGGGGGACCAGAAUAAUAGACAUCUACUGUUAAAGAUCAAUGUUAUCUUCAAUUAAAUGCUUUUAUGUUCUUGUGAUAAAACUAUAACUGAUGAUGCAUAAGCAAGACUAGUAGAAUUUAGAACCUAAAUGUGCCAACGCAAACUUUUUUUCCCUGCUGCACUUCAAAUAUUAAAGAAAGAAAACAGCAAUCACAGUUGCGUUUGAUCAUAUGCCAUAAACGGCAUUGUUAGUUGUUUUUUUUAAAAAAAAAUUGCACUAAACCUGAGUAAUGUUAUUACUGAAGGAGGGGAGGGGGGAGAUGAGGAUUGUACAAACCUGUAAUGGAUAUUGUUAGAAUUGUGGGCCUGGUAUUGUAAGCCAGGGAAUGCAAUGCCUCUGAUUUGUGUUGGAUAAUCAGCAUGUCAGAUUGUUUCCUCGCUCUUAUGUUAAGGGAUGUUUUUAAAGAAUUGUCUUUUGGUUUGGAACAGCACAGCCCUGUCAGUUACUCAAUGCAGAUGAAGGCAAUUUCUAUUGGCUCAUGAUGGUACCCCCCCCCCCCCCGGCAAUGUUCCCUGGAAAAAGUAGCAUGGUGCAUGCAUCUUUUUUUUUUGCAGAUGUGAAACUGCUCCCCUCUGUUGAAGCAGUGUGCUGGUGUGCAUUAUGGGUGCUCGCUUGCUCUUGUAUUCACAGGUCUUGCAACCCUUAUUUUUAAAAGAACAAAGUUUGAGUCUAAUGGCGCCUUUCUAAGACCAACCAAGUUUUAUUCUGGGUAUAAGCUUUCAUGUGCAUUCACACUUCUGAAGAAAUGUGCAUGUACGUGAAAGCUUGUACCAAGAAUAAAACUUUUUUGGUCUUAAAGGUGCCACUGAACUCAAACUUUGUUCUACUGCUUCAGACUAACACAGCUACCCAACUGAAUCUACCUUAUUUUUGAAAGUUUGCCCUGGCAACCCUAUCCAUUAAUCUCAUGUAUUUAUUUUACAAGUCUCCAGUUUCAGUUUUAUUGCAUUAUUUUGGAAUGUGCUCGGACUGUUCUAAAAUAUCAGAGUGCAGGGUUACUUGAUUUCUCCCUCUUUGUUCAAUAGAAGAAUAAAGUUCACAGUGCAUUGGUCAAAAUGAGCCACGAUCGCAUAAUCCUCGGUAGGAGGGUUGUGCAUUAUUCAAGAAUGCUUUUUAAAAACAAAUCUGUGAUUUCUCUUAAAUGUUAAAUUUUCUGUGUCAGAGACAGACUUUAAAUAGGGCUUUGUUUGAGUUCAAGGGGCCUUUUUAAUGAAUGAAAGUUGUGUGAGUUUCCCUUCAUGCAGUCAAACUAUUGUUAUUGGUACGUUGGUACAGAAAACAGAGGAAUCUAAUUGGCAACAGAGUAAUAAAUCCAUUUACCAAGAGCUGAUUCCAAGAAAUGUUGCAAUUGCAACAAAUUCUUGUUAAAGAUUCUGAAAGCUAGCAAAGGAAAAAACCCUCCCAUUCCCAUGUCAUGUCUCUGUGAAAGACUUUAGAAGCACGAAAAAAUUCCAGAACUCUGUUGGGUAAGGCCUUUUGCCACUGAAUUAAAUUGAAAUAGAUGGUUAAGUUUCAGUGUAACUCCUAGCCUCAAAUAAGAUGACUAAAUUUCCACAUGGCUAGGCAGAUCUGCUGGCUACAUGCCAUGUUAGGAACAGCUCUCUGGUAGGGCAAAGUCAUAUGUGACCCUCCUAUCAGCCCUAACUACCUGGGUUAAGCCACCUGAAUGAAUGUACGGGAGAAGCCAGAAUGGCACCAGUAGUAUGUCAAUGAGGCCUUGCUUUGGUGGAUAAAUGCCCACAAACCCUGAACUCUGUCCUAUGGUGUUGUGACUCACAGAAGCCAGGAGGUGGCCACAGAAAUAUUGUGUGUGGUGUUGUGUGCCUUUGGAAAGGGGAGAUUGGUUUUUAGUCACUCGUUCCACUUGGUCAGACCAUGUGACAGUGAACAUGGUCAAAUUUCAUAAUCUGUAAUGCUUGUACUGACAACCUGGUUUCACUGACAUCAGCUCUGCAUUAUUGCAACUCUCAUUGUGAGCACUUAUCCAAUGUUGCUGUAAAUGUAUUUGAUAUUUUUACAUGUAUUUUCCCCCUCCCUGACCCCUCGUUUAAAUAUGGUCUAACAAAGGCAGCAAAAUCUACUAGCUGUUUAUACUUCGUUUCCAAACUUUCUUUUGUUGUAAAUAGUGUAUACAUUCUUGUGAUUCAAGUUAUUGUAGCUUAUAUGCGCUGUAAGGUGAUUAUUUGUAUAUAGAACAAAAUGGCCCAGUGAUAUUAUAUAGUUUCCCAUUUUUUAAAAAAAAUAUAAUAAUAAAGGGGGUUAUUGAGUAACCUUUCACAUUAAAUAAGUUUAAACACUACCGGAAAGAUAGAGAAAAAGCUGAGCCAACUAUAAACACUCAAUUUUUGUAUGUUUUCCAAAUUGUACGUAUUAAUGCUUUUGAUACUGUAUUAUGUGCCAAUAGUUUCCCAAUCACAUAGCAAGCAAAAGAUAUUUUGUACUUUUUGAUCCACUGUAAUAUUUAAUAAAAAAUGUUACUAUCUGUU